GAGAGAGAGAGAGAGAGAGAGGGAGAAAGGUAGAACUGUAUUGAAGAACUUUACUACUGUAAAUGGUAACUGAGGAGAGAGACACCCAGAGAGAGAGAGAUAGAGAGAGAAGUAUAUGAACCAAGAUGUGACUUCCUUCCACACACUUGUCACUGGACUUGCAGCUUUGCUCUCUGAUUGGCUGAUAAAGGAUGUCAAUCAUCCUAUGAAUAUUCAUGAGUCCAUGCUGGGUGCACACACAUGGACACACACCCAACACACAAGCAUUUAUCUCUUCCAGCCAAUAGCCACAGAGAUAUAACACAUAUCCCGUUUGAGAGGCACACCAAUAUGAUUGGAAAGUUAUUUUAACUUCCUGUCUCCAACUUUGGAAAAUAUACUCCAGGUUCCAAACGAGGGGGAUAACUUUAUUACUUUUUUUCGGGGAGUACAGGGCUGGAAAUACUCACUUUUGAUCCACCAGGUAUGAAAAAGAAGACCUACCUUGUUUGUUUUAGAGCCAAAGGAGGACCAUAGGUGUUGUUUACGAGUUAGCUGUGUACUAUUGAGAUUGUGAUCUUAAUGAGAUAGGCAAACAGUCAAACCAUAUUGCUUCAAGACAAAAGGAAUAAAACUGCUUUCUUGUCAAAAGGGGGCGGAGAUAUCGUGUCAUCGGAUGAACGCUGAUCUAAGAAGGCUCUCUGGAUGUUGGACUAGAUACCACGGACAGACGGACCCAUCAUUGGGGUGAUAAUGUCGUAAUUAGGAGAUUGACGCGGCAAAGAUAACGACUCCUGAUUGGCAAAUGCACUUAUGCAUAUUUUGUUUCUCCAACCAGAUUUAUUCAUGACUCAGAGCCGGAGAGUCUUGGGAUAGCCCGUAUGGUCAUCCUUUCUGGAUUUGAUAUUAAACCGAGAUCGCAAGUACCCACGUCACAUGUCAUUCAAGGGUUGCCUAUCCCCAAUGUCGAUCUGCCGCAGCUGAAUUGCGCCACCACAGUUUCCUUAUCGUACUUCUGAUGACCACCCUUCAUCCUAACACUACGCAAGCUUCGGGAAGUGGAGGAAAAAACAUAACGUGCUGAUUAUUUUUAGCAACUCUGAUUUGUUUUCUUGUCGGAGAAGAACUAUAUUGCUGAUGAUUAUUGUGAUCGCGUCUCACACGAUAUCUGUCCUUGGUAGGUAGCUAUACCUCAACCUUCGAUCUCUUUCAAGGUUUACUCCUCUCGUAGAAGCCGUCAUUCGGUCAGAGCGCUCAGAUAUCGAAACGCUAUCCACGAUAUCAAGACCAAUUCAUCAAAUCCGUAAUAGCUUCAUUGCAUUGUAAGCUACUCUUGUUUUUCCAAACAUCCGCAGUUGGCGUCGCGUUCUUCACAUCGAUUCAUGACUGCUUCUAGCGUACACCGCCCAACUCUCCACUGCAGCUUCUACGGCAGCCAUUGUCUGAGACAACCACGGUUCGCCCACUGUUUUUCCGCAUCAAACCUUCAUUUUGUCAGAAGCGCUUUGUGGCUUUGACUUCUUCAUCUUCGUCUCUCCCGUUUCCUUCAUUUCAAAUCUGCCAAACUUGAGAAUUUCUUCUGAAAAAGUGAUAUCAGUCAAUCCCAAAGCUAGAUCGUCACUCGCUAACCUCGAUAUCAUCAUCGUUUUAUUUUCCAAGCUGGCAGUAGCUUCUUCAGUUUGAUCCUUACACAUUCUCAUCUUCUAGAAUUGGUGCUGUAAAUUCUAAAACAAACCUCGGACAAAAAAUCUCCUUCAGCCAGAAAAACGAAAAAGAGAAUCUGAGAUUUUUGUUUCCUCCAUCUUGACGAUAUCCUCAAGGAAAAUUGUAUCGUAUCUUGGAUGUUGAGGAACCAUCGUCAACCAUGGAUGCAGGAUCGAUGUCUAUGUAUUACAGCUGGCAGCUCUACCUCUCUGCUUGCAGGGACCCUCAGCUCUAUCUAUGGCACAAAGAGCUGAAGAAAGCCAAGCUUUCAGGACCACCUACACCUCCUCUCACACCAACAAGCCAGAACCAACUGACAACCCUUCACCACCCUAGUCCUAUCCAUCUACCCAAUGCACUAGCCUGUGGCGCCGCCGGUACCCUAAAGGGCGCCGACCAUGUCCCUUUCUUACCCCUCGGUGCAAUCAGUACUGCUGCAUGGACACAGGGUCUCGCCACCUGGCAGGUACCACCCGGCGUCGUCACCGCUUCACCAAAUGCCGCACUGACGGUACCACAUCCACAUAGCACCCUGCGGCGCCUAGUACUCAGCGGCUCCUCGUCAGUGCCAUCAUCGCGCCAGCACACAUCAUUGGGGUCUUCGUCGGGGGCACCGCCCAAGAAGGCCCCCAAGUUUGACUUUGCCCAUCUGGCCAUCGCCGCGACACAACCGUGCAGCGCCGACAGCAGCAAGACGAGGUUGAUGCCGUUGCAACCGACAGAGAGGCGCCGAGGGAGAGGACCGAUGAGAGCCAAGAAGGAGUUCAUCUGUAGGUUCUGUGGGCGCCACUUCACCAAGUCGUACAACCUUCUGAUUCAUGAAAGGACCCAUACAGAUGAGAGACCCUACUCAUGUGACAUCUGCCACAAGGCUUUCAGAAGACAAGAUCAUCUUAGAGACCACAGGUACAUCCAUUCCAAGGAGAAACCCUUCAAAUGCGGAGAGUGCGGGAAAGGCUUCUGCCAAGCGAGGACCCUGGCCGUCCACAAGACCCUCCACAUGCAGCAGUCGCCCCACAAGUGCGCCACCUGCGGCCGAACCUUCAACCAGCGGAGUAACCUCAAGACCCAUCUCCUGACGCACACCGACAUCAAACCUUUCAACUGUCCAAACUGCGGCAAGGUGUUCAGGCGGAACUGCGACCUGAGGCGGCACAGCUUCACCCACAACGAGUGUGUCGGGGCCAUCCAGGCUGCAGCCGCUGCUGCUGCUGCGGCUGCCGCGGCCGCCGGCACGACGGGGUCGAUGACGAACGAGCCCAUGCACUCCGGUUGCGCCACACUUGUAGAGGUUGCCAACUGAUGAAAGACUUAAAUUGUCCUAUGACUCUCUUCAAGGUGUCCAACGAAGACUGAUGAAGUGCUUCAUAGGGUCAUCAUUGGUGAAUGGAUGAGACUAAGAGUACUUUGAGUAUCCUUGACCCUUUGAGAAGUCUUGUAUCCAAGCUGAUGAACUUCCUACACUUGCUUGACUGUCUGGCACAGCAGAGGUUGAAAUUUAGUCGAGGAUAUUAUUGACAUUUCUUCAAAUGCAUCACUAUGUAUCAUACUAUAGGCUGUGAUGAUCAAUCUUUCGUUGUUGGACUUUCCAUCUUUUGAGACACUGUGAACAGGGAAGAAUGAUUAAAUACUUAAUAAAGAACAAAUCAGCAAAUGUAACCAGUACAACUUGGAAAAAUGUAAUUGUUCCCUUUUCUGUACACAUUGACAAGACUACUUUUGCAAAAAAUAUUAGAAUAUAAUUUGCUAAAGUGGCAGUUUGUAAAUACUUUUUUGUAUUCAAGGGCGAUACUGAUGCACCGACUCGGCGAUAAAAAGGGCACAGAACUUUGAACUUGUAAUUUGUUUUCAGUAU